ACAUGGCCACCUUUACCUUAAACUUGAACACUCUACAUUUACAACAAUCUCUGUCUUUCUCUCAUUCUCUCAGAACCACCUUACACGGUUUUUCAUCUACUUGGCCUUCAACCAACACCAUCAAUUGCAAUGAAACAAACAAAACUGGAACUGUGUCCGUUAGGAGCUUCUCCAGAAGGGUUUCUUUGGACUCAAAAGCUAGUAGUAGCAGUUACAGGGUUAGUGAGAGAGUGAAGAAGAAGCCAAAUGAAAAUCUGGUGGACAAGAAGAAUAAGGAUACCCCACAAGCGAAGUUGCGGGUUGCUUUGGAUAUGUGUUCUAAAAGAGGGGAUGUUAUGGGAGCAUUGUCCUUGUAUGAUUCAGCAAGGUCACAAGGUGUCAAAUUGGGGCAACACCAAUACACAGUUCUAUUGUACCUUUGUUCUUCUGCAGCUGUUGGUGUCGUUCAACCAGCCAAAAGUGGAAGUGGUGCUCGAACUUUGAAUGCAUUAGUCUCAUCCAAUGAAGUUGUGACUAGCGAGGACCUCACUGAAUGUGGAUCAAUAGACAGAAAAGACAGAUAUUUUAGUAAUGCCAUGUUGGACAAUCCAGUUUUGAAUGCCUCUGAGAAAUCGGAGAAGAGAGAAGCCAACCCCUUUACAAAUGAUUCUUCAUUUGUAAAACAUGUUUCAAGCAACCAAGAAGACCAAGGGAUCCUGGUGAGUGAGGAUGUCAAGAAAUAUGCACUAAAGAGAGGGUUUGAAGUGUAUGAGAAUAUGUGUCAGGAUAAGGUCCAAAUGAAUGAAGCAGCCUUGACAUCUGUGGCUAGAAUGGCCAUGUCAAUGGGUGAUGGUGACAUGGCUUUUGAGAUGGUGAAGCAAAUGAAGUUCUUGGGGAUAAAUCCUAGGUUAAGGUCUUAUGGUCCUGCUCUAUCUACCUAUUGCAAUGAUGGAGAAAUAGAUAAAGCAUUUGCUGUUGAAAAGCACAUGCUGGAACAUGGUGUCUACCCUGAAGAACCUGAGUUGGAGGCACUCUUAAGAGUGAGCAUAAGAGCUGGCAAGGGUGAUAAGGUCUACUAUGUGUUGCAUAAAUUAAGAAGUAACGUAAGGAAAGUCUCACCCUCUACUGCAUAUUUGAUUAUUGAUUGGUUUAAUAGCAAACAUGCUUCGAGAGUAGGGAAAAGAAAAUGGGAUAAAAGAUUAAUAAUGGAAGCAAUAGAAAAUAAUGGUGGGGGCUGGCAUGGGCAAGGUUGGUUGGGUAAGGGAAAAUGGGAAGUUCUUCAUACAACCAUUGGAAAUGAUGGAAUGUGUAAAUGCUGUGGGGUGCACUUGGACACUAUUGAUAUUGAUCCUAUUGAAACUGAGAAUUUUGCCAAGUCAGUUGCAUCCAUUGCAAUAAUGCGAGAGAAAAAUUCAAACUUUCAGAAAUUUCAAAAAUGGCUUGACUACCAUGGACCUUUUGAAGCGGUGGUAGAUGCUGCAAAUGUAGGUCUUUUCGGCCAAAGGAGAUUCAUGCCAUCCAAGAUCAAUUCUGUUGUCAAUGGAAUACGCCAAAAGCUCCCUUCAAAGAAGUUUCCGCUUAUUAUUUUGCAUAAUAAGCGUAUCAAAGGAGACAAAAUGGAUGAACCAAUCAAUAGGGCAUUAAUUGAUAAGUGGAAUAAUGCUGAUGCACUCUAUGCAACGCCUACUGGAUCAAAUGAUGACUGGUACUGGCUGUAUGCAGCUAUAAAAUUUAAAUGCUUAAUUGUUACCAACGAUGAGAUGAGAGAUCAUCUAUUUCAACUUCUAGGAAAUGACUUCUUCCCCAAAUGGAAAGAAAGACAUCAGGUACGCUUCAGUUUCUCUGAUACUGGUCCAGAGUUUCACAUGCCCCCUUCUUGUUCUGUUGUAAUUCAGCAGGAAUCAGAGGAGGGCCACUGGCAUAUACCAAUUGAAACAGAGCUUACUUAUGAAUCAGAAAGACGAUGGUUGUGCAUUACCCGUGCUAAACUAGACACGGUUUGCAAAGAUUCUUCAACAACAUCUGAAGGAAGCUUGUGUCGAGGUGAAGAGAAAACACAAAAUUGACUUGAUUGGUUCUUCCUUUGUGGAAGGUUCAUGUAACUUUGAUAGUCUUUCUUUUGUAUGUUUAUCUAGGGUUUCUUUUUGUGUGCUUUUUUUUCUUUUCCUUUAUCAUGCACUGUCACAUCUUCUCAAUUGAGAUCCCUCAUAUUACAUUUUGUUCUAAGGGCUGAAAUCCUCUACCUCAAAGUCCCUUUUAAUUGGAUUAGGGGAGGUUUUGAAUUGUACUGAUACAAAUAGAAAGAAAAAUAGAAAUUUCAUUUCAUUUCCUCGAAAAAAUACAAAAGGAAUCAGAGUGCCAUGAACUUCUCAGGGAGUUACCAGUUUUUUUAACUUAAUUAUUGGUAACUUUAAAAAACUGAGGGUAGCUCAAGCACAAAGGAAAUGAUCUAUCUUGUUAAGUCCUUGUCAUUUCUUCUCAAUAUUUA